AUGAAAGCAAUUGCGUGGGAAAAUGAGUUUUUGUUAUUACUAGGCUAUCAUAAUUCAGUAAAAUUGUCGAAAGAAGGUAACAUUGGUUUUAACUCAUUGGCUAUAUUAUAUGGUACAUCAGCUUUUGCUGCAACAUUUUUACCACAUCCUCUUACAACUAUAUUUGGUUAUAAAUGGACAAUUUUUAUUUCUCAAGUAUGCAUUGUAGCUCAUAUAGGAGCAAAUAUAUAUCCAAAGCCAUGGCUAAUGUAUCCGACGAGUGCAAUAGCCGGCGUAUUCAAAUCAGCUCUUUGGACAGCACGAUCAGCUUAUGUGACAGAAAGUAGUUUUCUAUAUGCUGAAUACAUAGGAGAACGAGGUGAAACAGUUGUAAACCGUCAUUUUGGAAUAUUUAAUGCCCUAUUUCAAACCAGCGCCGGUCUUAAAGCCACUAUUCGUGAUUCCAGUCGACAUCUUCUUUCAACUAUCAAACAAAUGGGCAAAAGAAAUCAAUUACUAUUAAUACCAUUAAGUUUAUAUUUUGGAUUUAAUCAAGCCUUUUUGUUUGGACAAUAUACACAAAGUUUCAUUACUUGUACGCUCGGUGUUCAUUUUGUUGGAUUAGUAAUGAUUGGGUUUGGUGUAUGUGAUUCAAUAGCUAGUUUUACAGUUGGAUAUUUGGAAAAAUAUGCCGGGCGAUUAUUUUGUUUUAUAUUUGCUGCAAUAGUUAACUAUUCAUUACUUAUUACAAUGAUAUUAUGGGGUCCGGCAGAGUCACAAACAUAUGUUAUAUUUUUGAUAGUAGCUGUAUGGAGUCUAGCGGACGCAGUAUGGCAAACAACUGGUUGGGCUAUCUAUGGCACAUUGUUUACCAAAGAUGAUGAAGCAGCUUUUUCCAACAGGGCUUUAUGGGAAGAUACUGGUUACUUUAUAUUCUUUUUAUAUGCAUCCACCAUUGUUGUACGUACAUCACUUAUUCUCUUAUUAGUUUAUUUGACAGUAUCAAUGAUUUGUUAUGGUAUUCUGGAAUUACUUGAAUAUAAUAAACGAAAAGUUCAACCUGUGCGUGAAGAAACAGUGAAUUAA